AUGACUGGGAAAACUGUAGACGGUUACUCUUGGGAACAAACCACGGGGGUUGUAUCGGGCCUUGAAACUGACGCUGUUGUCAGGCCUCCUCAGUCACCGAGUAUCAGAGAUAAAGUGUACGAUGCUGUUGUGAUUGGUGCAGGCUACGCUGGCCUCGCAGCGGCGCGAGACUUGGCGUUGUCGGGUCGAAGUGUUUUGCUGCUGGAGGCUCGUGACCGCAUCGGAGGUCGAACAUACACUGUCAACAAGGAUGCAGGCUUUCUCUAUGAGAUGGGCGGCACAUGGGUCACGCACCAUAUGGGCUAUCUUUUCCGCGAAAUGGUGAGGUAUGGCAUGGAUCGCGACCUCAUUACCACAGGAAGCCCGGAUAUGCACAAGGGCUAUUACACAAUGGAUGUUCCGGGUGCAAAGCCUCGAAAGUUGAGCCACGAAGAAGCUGGCGCUAUGCAAGCCAAGGCCUGGGAUAUAUUUGUUAAUGUCGACGGACAGUAUGGUCGCACGCUUUGUCCACUUCCCCAUGCUCAACUAAACAAUGUCAUUGUGGGCCGAAAGACAGUAGAGAAAUGGGAUCAGCUGUCAUGUCAGGACCGUUUUGAACAGAUUCAGCAUCUGCUCACUGCCGAGGAACAAGGUCUCCUCGUAUCUCUUCUCUUGCAUAUUUCCGGGGGCGACAUGAAGAACUCUAGCCUUUGGGAUAUGAUCAGAUCUCACGCUUUAUUGAUGCACAGCUCGGACAAUUUUACUGACGUAUGGCUGAGAUAUAAGCUCCGUUCCGGACAGACGGAACUGGCUAAGAGGAUGUUCGAAGAUGCGAGAGCUCGGGGAGCCGAUUACAGCUUUUCAACACCCGUGAAAUCCAUCCUCCAGGGCAAGACAAAAGAUGACUUGGUCACUGUUACAGCCCUUUCGGGUCAGACUUUCCGGGCUCGAAGGGUGGUCAGCACCAUUCCUCUGAACGUGCUCAAAGACAUACGGUUCUUCCCUCCGUUGUCCAAAAAGCGACAAGAAGCUAUCAACAUCGGGCACGUGAAUCAAAUGACCAAAAUCCACGCAGAUGUGACUAAUCCAGAGCUUGAACGAUGGAACGGCAUGCGUUUCCCCGGCCUUUUGAUGUAUGGAUACGGUGAUGGCAGGCUUCCUAAUGGCAGAGUACAUCUGGUUGCUUUUGGUGCUGAUGAACGCGAGACAUUCGUACCGGAGAAGAAUCCUGAAUUAGUCGUGGAAUCUUUCAACAAGUUGCAUCCUAUGGAUAUCAAGAGACUGAUCUUCCACAAUUGGAGCACAGACCCAUACUCCCAAGGCGGACCAGCUUGGUGGCAGCCUGGCUACAUGUCCAAAUAUCAGGACGAGCUCCAGAGCCGUCACGGAAAUGUUUUCUUCGCGUCUGCCGACUGGGCACAUGGAUGGCGAGCUGCAAUAGAUGGCGCCUUGGAACAAGGAUCAUUGUCCGCACAAUCUAUAGAUCAUGAGCUUGCACCCGGAAGAUCUACCGCGGUCGAGAGUAAACUGUAA